CAGAGCACCUCAGUAACCAGCAUGCAGCACAGAAACAUUAGGGCAGCGAGCCACCUGAGCAGUCAGGUAGAGUGUGAAAUGGAGAGUGUAGGGAAAAGAGGAUGGGUCAACCAGGCAUACUGUGGCACCCCUCCAUUAGCAAACCACUCUAUCAGCACUGUUUACCCCAACAUUUCACCCCAUUUUGGGGCACCUGACCCCUACCAGACUGAGGCUAUGGCCCUAAAUCAACAGCCGGAAAAGAAGAAAUCUGGAUGCUGCUCUGCUUUCCUACGAGGAAUUAAAGGACUGUGGGGAACAACACUGACAGAGGACACAGCAACAAACCAAGAGCUCUUUCUCAAAACAACUCUCAGAGAGUUAUUUGUCUACAUUCUUUUCUUAGUGGACAUAUGUUUAUUGACCUAUGGCAUGACCAGCUCAACCACCUAUUACUACACUAAAGUCAUGAAUGAUUUGUUUGUGAAUUCAUUUGAGUCCAUUGGCACCAUGGAAGAUUUUUGGACAUACACUGAAGGUCCUCUAAUUGAUGGCCUUUACUGGACCACAUGGUACAAUGACCAGCCUCUUGACACUGGCUUACACUCCUUCAUUUACUACGAGAACAUGCUCCUGGGAGUCCCUCGUAUACGGCAGAUAAAAGUCAAAAACAAUUCGUGCAAGGUGCCCACAGACUUUAGCACUGAAAUCGCAGACUGCUUUGAUGUGUACAAUACACAGAAAGAAGAUGCAAGUGCGUUUGGACUGGUCAACGGAACAGCCUGGACCUACCACACAGAAAAUGAGUUGCGAGGGUCAAGUUACUGGGGUUUGCUGGCCACAUACAGUGGAGCAGGGUACUAUCAGGACCUUGCCUUGACCAAAAAUGAAAGUGCUACUAUUUUGGCAGAACUCAAAGAUAACCUGUGGCUGGACCAUGGAACCAGGGCUGUUUUUAUAGAUUUUUCCACAUACAAUGCAAACAUCAAUCUCUUCUGUGUUAUAAGUUUGGUGGUUGAGUUUCCUGCCACUGGUGGAGCAAUAACUUCGUACCAGAUUCGGACAGUUAAGCUGAUUCGGUAUGUUACCUCAUGGGAUUACUUCAUCAUCGGCUGCGAGCUGGUUUUCUGCGUGUUCAUCCUUUAUUAUAUUGUGGAGGAAAUCUUGGAGGUCCGAAUACAUAAGUGCUCAUACUUUACCAAUAUCUGGAACAUUUUGGAUGUGGUAGUGUUACUGCUUGCUAUUGUUGCAAUCAUCUUCAAUGUAUUCCGGACUGUUAAAGUAAACAACCUGCUUGGAAGCUUACUUAAAGAUCCCAGCAGCUAUGCAGAUUUUGAAUUUUUGGCAUUUUGGCAAACUCAGUACAACAACAUGAAUGCUGUAAACCUAUUUUUUGCUUGGAUCAAGAUAUUUAAAUACAUCAGUUUCAAUAAGACAAUGUCACAGCUGUCCUCCACAUUGGCGCGCUGUGCCAUAGACAUCCUCGGCUUUGCUGUCAUGUUCUUCAUUGUGUUUUUUGCCUAUGCCCAGCUGGGCUAUCUUCUGUUUGGUACUCAGGUUGAAUCUUUCAGCACAUUUCAAAAAUGCAUUUUCACCCAAUUUCGGAUCAUCCUUGGAGACUUUGAUUAUGAUAGCAUCGACACAGCAAACAGAAUCCUGGGGCCGAUAUAUUUCUUCACCUAUGUGUUCUUCGUCUUCUUUGUGUUACUGAACAUGUUUCUGGCCAUCAUCAAUGACACAUACUCUGAAGUUAAGGAGGAACUUGCCUCCCACAAUGAUGAUCUCCAUAUUACAGACCUUUUCAAACAGAGCGUGAUGAAGCUGAAAUUCAAAAAGGACAGGAUCACAGAUGUUCAGAAGGCCUUAGAAGGGUCAAAAGACUUGGAGUUUAGGGACUUCAGAGAAACGCUUAGAGAGAUGGGUCAUGAUGAUCAUGACAUCUCUGAGGCUUUCUCCAGAUACGAUCAAGAUCGAAAUCAUAUUCUAGACCGUGAGGAGCAGGAGAAAAUGAAACGAGAACUGGAGGAAAAAAGGAAUGCACUUAGUGCAGAGCUUCACAAUCUUACGCAUGGAAAUAAUGCAGAAGACAACAAGAAGAUGAACCCAUGCUCCAUCAACCAGGAACAAUUUGAGAUGUUGGUUAAACAAGUAGCUGAAUUGGAAGGCACUCUAGCCAUCACAAUAUGCAAGAUUGACAUGGUCAUGGAAAGACUGGGAUUGCAGGACUCUGAAAAAGCAAACAAAAAACAAAACAAUGGAAAAACACCUGUCAACCAGAAAUGAGGGGGUGAAAAUCUGGAAGGUAAUGUUAUAGCAAACCAGAGUGAGUUUCUAUCUUCUUCAUUGACUGCUCGAUUGAGAAAUGAAGGAUUUAUCAGCUAUAGCCUGGUCCACCAUCCAUGAGAACAUUGCAUCAACACAUCACUGAAGCAAACAUGGCCAAAAUGCCUAAACCCUUAAUUACUAGGAACCUUACAAACCUAGAGACUAGGAAAACACCUAUUCUUGAAAAUCUCUUCCUCAUCCAGGGAUAUAGGGUAGAUAAUGGUAAAUAUUAUUCUAGAAAUAGACUUGACCUCUUAAUUAAUGCAUAUAUUAGUACCUUUAUGCAAACAUUUCAUUAUAGGAACAAGAAGAAAUCACCCUGUAGAAAUGUUACUUCAGUGUGAACAUACAUAUGUAUUUCAUGUACUGUGUAUUUGCUGUAUUGUGAAACUAAAGUACUUGUCAUUCAUUUAGAUAAUUAUAAUGACUGAGCUCACUACUUUGUGACAGACGAGCAAGUGAAUUUAAUAAAUUCUGUAUGGCAGCUCAAGGGUCUGUGCUAGGGGUCUUAAAGUUUUAAUUCUAAGAGAACCAGUCAGCCACUGCUGUGCCCUUGAGCAAAAGCCACAAUUCUUCAGCUUUGUCUUAUGUAAAUUUGAAUAAAGGCUUUUGUUGAAAAAAACAAAACAAAUAAAUAAGACCCCACAUA